CUCCAACACGUGACAACCACGGGGAUUCUAUUAAUUGUAUAGACGUUGGUAACCAAUAGACUGGCUGUGGCUUUCCGUAGACUUGUCUCUCCCGCUCUUUUUAUUCUCCUAUCCUAUUCUCUUGCCGCCUUGCUUCCUUGCUUGCUUGCGUUGCGCCUUGCAUAUUCCGUUUGCUGGGCCUGCAGAGCAGUUAAGUCGUUGUUGUUUGUACGAGUUGUUUUUUACAAAUUAAUAUUCAAAAUGGUCUACCAAAUCAAAGAUAAACCCGACUUAGAUGCUAAAAUCGCAGAAGCAGGAGGUAACUUGAUCGUUCUCGAUUUCUCCGCCAGUUGGUGUGGUCCUUGCAAGAUGAUCAGCCCAAAACUGGACGAAUUGGUCACCACCUAUCCAGACGUCCUCAUCGUCAAGAUCGAUGUUGACGAUUGCGAGGAACUCGCUGUGGAGUACAACAUCAAGUCCAUGCCUACGUUUGUGUUCCUGAAAAACCGCGAAACCGUGGCGAGCUUCAGCGGCGCCAAUUUCGAAAAGCUCGACGAAACCAUCAAGCAACAUAAAUAAUUCGAUGCCUUAUAGUUCUCAGCAGCAAAUAUUUCGUCUCUAAUAAAGUUAAAUUAUUCAAUUAAAUAAUAUUAUAUACGGUUUUGAUGUUGUAAGUUGUAACUCCGUUGAUGUUGACAUUAUGUAAUUGAGCAUAGGACAUUUUAUUUUUUAAUUGUUACUACCUAUUGUAAAUUUUUUGAUGCAUUUUUAAAUAGUCGUGCCUAAAAAAACCAGAUACACUUUUGUCGUUAUUUAUAUAUGUAUAGAAAAUAAAAAAUAUAAAGCACCCUG